AUGGCUGACCACCCCGACGACUUAAUCGACUACGAUGAGGAAGAUGAAACCAUACCGACCGAAGCUGUUCCAAACGACCAAUUAGCUGCUAACGGCCAAGAAGCUACUGACGAGGAUAAGAAGGACAAAAAAGGCAGUUACGUAGGUAUCCACUCAACAGGCUUUAGGGAUUUCUUAUUGAAGCCAGAACUGUUACGGGCUAUUGUUGAUUGCGGAUUUGAACAUCCAUCCGAAGUUCAACAAGAAUGUAUUCCUCAAUCAAUUCUCGGUAUGGAUGUCCUUUGCCAAGCCAAAUCGGGAAUGGGAAAAACUGCAGUAUUUGUGCUCGCUACACUUCAACAAGUGGAUCCUGUUCCUGGAGAUGUUGCGGUUAUUGUUCUUUGUCACACUCGUGAACUCGCAUUUCAAAUUAGGAACGAAUAUAUUCGGUUUAGCAAAUAUACACCUGAGGUCAAGAUCGAUGUUUUUUAUGGAGGAAUUCCUAUUAAAGAAGAUUACAAAAAGUUUCAAAGCAAGGAUACCAUUCCACACAUUGUUGUUGGUACACCAGGAAGAGUUCUUGCUUUGGUUAAUGAUGGUCAGCUGAAAGUGGGUAGUGUCAAACAUUUCGUUCUUGACGAAUGUGACAAAAUGCUGGAUCAGCUUG